UUGCCUCCGAUCCCACUCUACGACGAACGGGAUGUUAGCUGGCCUGUGGGCGCGCGGUGUCGCCCUCGAGUGCCGUUUGGCGACCCUCACCAAGCUUCCGCGCCAAAGUUCGAUCCGGGCUCUCCACCAAGCCACCUCGAGGCCUUCCGCCCUCUUGACUGCUGCCGCUGCUGCACCGCGGACAUGGAACAAGCCAUCCAGUCUGCUGAGCUCUGCGAGAGCAUUUACUCGUAAAGCAGCUGGUCCUCGCCGCCUCUUUGACCCUCGGUUCUUCUCCGCGAACGCUGCUCAGGCGGAAGCAGCCGCGGAGCUCCCGGUGCUCUCCCCUCCAGCGGUCGGAGGGUGGUUGCUCGGCUCGGCGGGCCUGGUAUUUGCUAUCAUCGUUGUCGGAGGGAUUACCCGCCUCACCGAGUCUGGCCUGAGCAUAACGGAAUGGCGUCCGAUAACUGGUGUGCUCCCUCCCCUGUCCCGCGCGCAGUGGGAGGAAGAGUUCGACAAGUACAAACUUACGCCGGAGUUCAAGCUGAUGAACCAUUCGAUAUCGCUCGAGGAGUUCAAGGGCAUCUUCUUCUGGGAAUGGUCACACCGUGUCCUCGGCCGCAUCAUCGGUGUCGGCUUCGUCGUACCUCUGGCCUACUUCGCCCUCCGGAAACGUCUCACUGCGACCCUACCCAAGCACUUGACCGCCAUGGCCUUCCUCAUCGGCGCUCAAGGCGCCCUCGGGUGGUACAUGGUCAAGUCCGGUCUGGAGGAUUCGCUCAUGGACACCCCAGGAGCCGUCCCGCGCGUGUCGCAGUACCGGCUCGCCGCCCACCUGGGCACGGCGUUCGUGCUGUACGCAGGCAUGUUCGGUACAGGUCUCUCAGCGAUCAUGGAUUGGCGGUAUGCGAACAAGGGUGUAUGGAGCGGCUUCAAGGAGAACGGUGCUAAGUGGCAGGAAGUGCUUCAGAACCCCCACGUUAAGAGGUUCUCGCGGGGUGCCAAGGGCUUGACCGCGCUCGUCUUCCUUACCGCACUCUCCGGCGCGUUCGUUGCAGGCCUCGACGCUGGUCUUCUCUACAACGAGUUCCCGCUAAUGGGCGGUCGCCUUGCUCCUCCGGCAGACGAACUUCUCAACCCGGCCUACUCUAAGAGCGCAGACCAAUCCGACAUCUGGUGGCGCAAUAUUUUCGAGAACCCGACGACCGUGCAAUUCGACCACAGAUGUCUGGCAAUCACGACCUACGUCGCUACUGGACUCAUGUAUGCGGCGACAUUCAACCCCGCAUUGCGGGCCGUCCUCCCUCCUUUGACGAAGCGGAUGGCGACCUCCGCGUUCGCGAUGGCCAACAUCCAGGUUCUGCUCGGCAUCUCUACGCUCCUAUACCUGGUACCUAUACCUCUCGCGGCGGCGCAUCAGGCCGGCAGUGUAGCGCUGUUGACCACCAUGAUCCAUAUUCUUGUCUCCUUGCGGAGACCGGGGGCUGCUGCAAGGGCAUGGAGACAGGCCUUGCAACGGGCCAAGAAAACUGCGUAGAUUUAUACAUCAAAUUCCAGGGACAUAUCCUUAGAGCACAUAUAAUUAUCGCUAUACUCGCUUUGCUUUGCCAUACACUCAACUCAAUCAUUACAUACGACCCCUGUACUUGCAGCUUACUCUUUUGAGGGACCAUCCUGGCAAGAAACAUAA